GGAACCGGGCUGCGCUGCGCCGACCUCGGCUCCCGGAGCGCGGGGGACCUGCCGGGCCUAAGGGACCGUGCGCGCCUCUCCCCCCGGCCCCGCCGCGCUCGGCCAUGCGGCCCCCGCGCUCCCGCGCCGCGCCGCUCGCGCUCCUGGUCGCGCUGCUGGCCGCGCCCCCGGCCCUGGCCGAGGCCCCGCACCUGGUGCUCGUGGACGCGGCCCGAGCGCUGCGGCCCCUGCGGCCCUUCUGGAGGAGCACCGGCUUUUGUCCCCCACUGCCUCACAGCCAGGCUGACCAGUAUGACCUCAGCUGGGACCAGCAGCUCAACAUGGCCUACGUGGGCGCUGUCCCCCACGGCGGCAUCGAGCAGGUCCGGACCCACUGGCUGCUGGAGCUCAUCACGGCCAGGGGGUCAGUGGAGCAAGGCCUGAGCUACAACUUCACCCAUCUGGAUGGGUUCCUGGAUCUUCUCCGAGAGAACCAGCUCCUCCCAGGCUUUGAGCUGAUGGGCAGCCCCUCCAAACGCUUCACCGACUUUGAGGACAAGCAGCAGGUGUUUGAGUGGAAGGAGCUGGUCUCCCUCCUGGCCAGGAGAUACGUUGACAGGUACGGACUCUCCCACGUUUCCAAGUGGAACUUCGAGACGUGGAACGAGCCAGACCACCACGACUUUGACAACGUGUCCAUGACCUUGCAAGGCUUCCUGAACUACUACGACGCCUGCUCCGAAGGCCUGCGAGCCGUCAGCCCCGCUCUGCGCCUGGGCGGCCCUGGGGACUCCUUCCACCCCUGGCCGCGCUCCCCGCUGUGCUGGGGCCUCCUGGGCCACUGUCACAACGGCACCAACUUCUUCACGGGAGAGUUGGGCGUGCGGCUGGACUACAUCUCCCUCCACAAGAAGGGCGCGGGCAGUUCCAUCUACAUCCUGGAGCAGGAGCAGGCGGCCGUGCAACAGAUCCAGCGGCUCUUCCCCAAGUUCGCCGACACCCCCAUUUACAACGACGAAGCUGACCCGCUAGUGGGCUGGUCCCUGCCGCAGCCCUGGAGGGCUGACGUGACCUACGCGGCCCUGGUGGUGAAGCGCACGCUCACGGCGCGCUUCCAGGUCAACAACACCCGCCCGCCGCACGUGCAGCUGCUGCGCAAGCCGGUGCUCACCGCCAUGGCGCUGCUGGCCCUGCUGGACGGCGAGCAGCUCUGGGCCGAGGUGUGGCAGGGCGGGACGCUGCUGGACAGCAACCACACGGUGGGCGUCCUGGCCAGCGCGCACCGCCCGGCCAGCCCCGCUGACGCCUGGCGCGCCACGGUGCUGGUCUACGCGAGCGACGACACGCGCACCCACCCCAACCGCAGCGUCGCCUUGACCCUGCGCCUGCACGGGGUGCCCCCGGGGCCGGGCCUCGUCUACGUCACACUCUACCUGGACAACCGGUUCUGCAGCCCUCACGGCGAGUGGCAGCGCCUCGGCCGGCCGGUCUUCCCCUCGGCAGAGGAGUUCCGGCACAUGCGCGCAGCCGAGGACCCGGUGGCCGCGGCGCCACGCCCCUUCCCUGCCAGCGGCCGCCUGACGCUUCGCCCGGAGCUCCGACUGCCCUCACUCCUGCUGGUGCACGUGUGCGCACGCCCAGAGAAGCCACCAGGCCAGGUGACCCAGCUCCGGGCUCUGCCCCUGACCAGUGGGCAGGUGCUCUUGGUCUGGUCAGAUGAGCAUGUGGUCUCCAAGUGCCUGUGGACGUAUGAGGUCCAGUUCUCUGCAGGUGGUGAGGGGUACGCUCCUGUCAGCAGGAAGCCGUCGACCUUUAACCUCUUUGUGUUCAGCCCAGACACAGCUGUCACAUCUGGCUCCUACCGGGUUCGAGCGGUGGACUACUGGGCCCGACCAGGCCCCUUCUCGAACCCUGUGCAGUACGUGGAGGUCCCUGUCCCGUGAGGGCUGCCGCUGCCCAGUGACUGUGAGCUGGAGCUGACCGGUGACCCUGGGCGGCCAGGAGCUGAGGCGGGCCGGACCACCGCCGGCCAUCACUGGGCUCUGUUCACCUUGUCCUGUGACUUGCUCGCCUCCUUAAAGUGCCUUUCCGCUCAUCA